GGCAGCGCCGCCGCCGCCUGCGCUACCUCUGGUGAGGCGUCUGGCGGUGGUGCCUGUCAGCUGACGGCAGCCAGCGGCACGGAGCGAAGAAGUCGUGCGCUUCCUGUGCGGUGUCUGUUGCUUCAGCUUCCGGCGGGACCGUUAUGGCGAUCGUGGUGCAGGCCAAGCCGACUAUGAACCGUCCAAUUCAAGUGAAGCCGGCCGAUAGCGAAAACAGGGGAGAGGAUCGAAAGCUGUUCGUGGGCAUGCUGAGCAAGCAGCAGACGGAGGACGACGUGCGCCAGCUGUUCCAAUCCUACGGCACGAUAGAGGAGUGCACCAUCCUCCGGGGCCCCGACGGCCAGAGCAAAGGUUGUGCAUUUGUCAAGUUUAGUACACACACUGAAGCGCAGGCAGCUAUCAAUGCUCUCCACGGCAGCCAGACAAUGCCGGGUGCGUCGUCUAGUCUAGUGGUGAAAUUUGCCGACACCGAGAAAGAGCGGCAGCUUCGGCGAAUGCAGCAGAUGGCGGGCAACAUGGGCCUCCUCAACCCUUUCAUCUUCAACCAGUUUGGCGCGUACGGGGCCUACGCACAGGAGCAACUGCCAGCGACAACCGGGGAGCAGGCACAGUACCUGCCCCACGUCGGACGAGCCCUGUAUCACACGGCAACGCUGAUGCAGCAGCAAGCGGCGCUGAUGGCGGCCGCCCAGGGAGGAUACAUGAACCCCAUGGCGGCGCUGGCCGCCGCACAGAUCCCCACCAUGGGUGCCAUGCCCAACGGACUGGCCAGCCCCGCGCUCACGCCUACCUCCGGCGCCGCGACUCAUCCGGUGAACGGAGCGCUUCCCUCCCCGACCGUGACCAGUUUCACAGUGGCUCAGGCGAAUGGACAGGCGGGUGAAGUCUACACAAACGGCAUGCCUCACUAUCCAUUGCAUUCCGGGCCUCCCGAUGCCGUUCGAGUUAUACUACAAGAAUUGCCCAGCCACCUUCACACAGAAGCCCAGGCAGUUCCGAACGGCGACGCCCUCCAGCCCGCGGCCUACCCGGCGCUGCAGCCUUUCGCCGGCAUCCCCACCUACCCUGCGGCGUAUGGCCAGUUCGCCCAAGCCCUCACACAGCAGCCGGCGGUGGUCCCCCAGACUCAGCGAGAGGGUCCUGAAGGCUGCAACCUGUUCAUCUACCACCUUCCUCAGGAGUUUGGAGACGCUGAGCUGAUGCAGAUGUUCAUGCCCUUCGGCAAUGUGAUCAGCGCCAAAGUCUUCAUCGACCGUGCCACAAACCAGAGCAAGUGCUUUGGCUUCGUCAGUUUCGACAACCCAGCGAGUGCACAGGCGGCCAUCCAAGCAAUGAACGGCUUUCAGAUCGGCAUGAAGCGGCUCAAAGUUCAACUGAAGCGUCCCAAGGAUGCCAACAGGCCCUACUGAGCGCCGGCACUGCCGCGCGCUGCCCCAACCUCGUAGGGAUGCCCAUCGGGAUGCCAAGCGGUACAAGACCUUGAUGGCAAUGCCUGUUUUCGUGGGCGACUGGAACUUCAGAGUUCGUAGUUAGAUGAACAGUGUACUAUAGCCGCCACUGAGCGCGUCUUAGACGGCAGAGGUGAGAGCAGUGUUAGAAGGUUUGUUAGUUCGCCGGAAACAGAAAAUCACGCUUCGGGGCUCAAUGAACGCAUCCUUUUCGGCUUACCAGAAGAGCUUCUACUGUUACUACUAUGAAAGGCGUGCGAGAAACAGUAUGACAAGUAGUCAGUAUAGCCAAGUAGGUUUAGUAGCCAAACCCAGCCAGGCCUUGACACAGUGUAUAAGCUUUUACCGGCGUUUACUUCAAGGACAGGAGGGCGCAUGAAGGGUGCGGGGCGUCCGUUCUAGGGGAGGGGGCUGCGUAGCUGAGAAACGUAUUCCCAGGCGUCGCACUUAGUCUUGCUGUGUAUACUCGACGCGCCGAGAAGGGCAGGCCGAGGCGGCGCGCGAGGCUUAGCGUCAGUUUCGCUAUUCUCUCUUCCCUCGCCCCACUUCGCCGCCUCUGCCGCCCCCUGGUGGGCUUUUCCCGAAAGACGACGAUCCAGCGGAAACAAGAGACGACCGCUGCGCACACCGCCAGCUCCCAGCUCUGCUCGGGAAAGGCGCGCCAAACGGGAGCAUCCAUAUCAGUAUCGGCGCUGGAAGUGCCAUCGCCAUCGCCGCGGCGCCUGCGCGCGCCCCCUCUUGCGGUGUGGUUUGGCAUCGUGACUGUUGUGCCAGUGCGCGCGUGGGCCACUUCUUCCUUCUCUGCACGCUCCGGCCGCACUGCGCACUUCCUCUCCACAAACACACACAUACACAAACAUAAAAGCACACGCACAAACACACGCUCAGUCAUGUAUACACACGGAUUUACAAAACUACACAAACGCAUUUCGCAUGGCCUGACAAAAAAGACCUGCGCAUGCGUGAAACCGACUCUGUUGACAAGUGCGUCCCAGCAGCGCUAAGUUCUGUAGUUGAUCUAGAGAUGUAGUACUAGUAGCGGUCACCUGUACAUACGAAGAAAAAAAAAGUGUAAACACAGCAGUAUAUACUAUACACACGCUGUACUGAUAAUAUAUAUAUAUAUACAUAUAUAUAUAUAAGAAAAGGAAAGGAAAAAACUAUAUUAUAUAUAUAUACACAUGCCAGAGGAUUUCUAGAAAGGAAGACGAAGCGAAAAAAGUAACGAUUUCGUACAGGUCCCACGCUCGAGUGACUUGCGUGGUUGUUUGUAGAGAAGACUAUUUUUGAUCACACGAAGUUUUUUGUGAAUGAUGCAGCCAAGGCGAGGGAAGCUGCAUCCGCGAAUGCUUACCUUCCCUGUCUCUUGGUUCCAGCUCUGGCUGUCACCCUUGAUCUUUUCUCCUCGGUUUCGUGAAUCCAAGUGCGUGUCAGUCUUGUUACUGCAGCAGGGGUGCGAGCUUUCCACCUCCGACGCUGCUUGGUUCAUUGUCGUAUUUUUCUGUUUUCAUUUGCAUGGGAAUGUUGGAGUGCGUGCUCUUUGAACAGUGUGACCGUGAGUGUGGCUGCCGUUAGCAACGGGGCACUGUGUUCAGCUGCCGGUGUGUCGACCGAGGACGUGUCUGGCUUUACCUGUCACUUCGAUGCUGCAUGAGACCGUUUUCGCUAUGUUUUGCGCUUUUCGAAUGCUAUAAACGUAACAGCAUCGAGCGCUUUUUUGCGCGUUGGCUGGUGUCGGGCCAACGCGCAACUAUGGAGCUGGUGAACAGGUUCUUCAGAAAAUGUUCCCAUGUUGCCUUCGCAUAGGGAACAACAUCUGUACACAUUUAUUGCACCGUAUUAAGAAGCUUCCUAGAUGUCACACCAUGACUGACGCUGGGCUUACGCGUGAAAGGACGCUCUGUGGGGUUCGCAAUGAAAUGUUCAGGGCCCUUUCUUCAGACAGUUAUCGUUUAUUUU